GAAUCAGAAAUAACAACUAUAUCCUAUACAGAAGCACGGCAGGAAAUUGAAAAUAGUUUGCUCUAUAAAGAAUUCAACAAAUCAAAAAAUAAACGAGAUCUAGAAAACUUUGAUAAAUAUUUAAUUAUCUUGGGAGCAAUAGCUCUUGCAAAACAAAAACCAGAAGAUUUCAAACACAGAUAUUGGAUAGACAAAUUAAUCCAAAAACAAUUGCAAA